AUGGCACCUUUGAGAGCUCUCGCGACCUUAGCUGCUACUGGGCUCGUGCAUUUAGCCUGGGCAAAACAUGUUAACUUCGAAUUGGACUUGACUUGGCAAAAGGGUGCGCCGGAUGGUAAUAUGCGAGAGAUGAUCCUUAUGAAUGAUCAAUUCCCGGGCCCUGAAUUGCGCAUAGACCAGGGUGAUAAUGUUGAAUUCGUUGUCCACAACAAUAUGCCCUUCAAUACUACCAUACACUUCCACGGCAUUGAGCAGCUGAAUACUCCAUGGUCUGAUGGUGUUCCUGGUCUCACCCAAAAGCCUAUCCAGCCUGGACACAGUUGGACAUACCGUUGGACCGCCACCCAGUAUGGCACAUAUUGGUACCAUGCCCAUGCUCGGGGUGACAUGAUGGAUGGUCUUUAUGGCCCCAUUUGGAUCAACCCUGGACCGGAGGUUCCACAGCCGUUUCAUCUUAUUUCAGACAAUACCCAGGAUAUUGCGGCAAUGAAAAAUGCGGAGAAAAAUCCUCAACUUGUGAUACUCUCUGAUUGGGAUCACUUGACCUCUGAUGAGUAUCAAAAGGUGAUGGAAGAAAGCCGUUUGGAUGUUUUCUGCUCAGACAGCGUCCUCAUCAACGGACGGGGAGCAGUGUACUGUCCAGGAACCGAAAGAAUAUCGAGUGUAGAGCUUUCUUACCUCAAAACUGCAAUUAACAAUAAGCCACUCAGUGACAAAGGUUGUCUCCCUAAUAUUUACGAAACACAGGGUGACUUCCCCCCAACCUAUGAGGACAAGAUCCCGGCGGGCUUGAAUUCUGGCUGCACGCCUACCACCGGUUUUCACGAGAUUAUUGAAGUUGACCCCAAUGCUAGCUGGGUUAGCCUGAAGUUCAUCAGUGCCUCAUCUCUCAAGGCUCUUAUGUUCUCUAUCGACGAGCAUCCUAUGUAUAUCUACGAAGUUGAUGGUAGCUACAUUGAGCCUCAACUUGUUCAAAGUGCCACCAUUUAUAGCGGUGAGCGCUAUGCUGCAAUGAUCAAGCUUGACAAGGCUUGGAAAGACUAUACUAUCCGAGUCCCGGACACUCAAGGCGAUCAGAUUAUCUCUGGUUUUGCCACGUUAAGAUAUAAGGGUGCUCAGGAUCUUCAACACGCAUACCCAUCUAAACCGUAUUUGGACUACGGCGGAAGAAACACCUCCGCCUCCGUCAUUCCAUUGAAGAAUAAGGCCAUCAAGCCUUACCCUGCCGUGACAAUUCCUCAGGCUGCUGAUCAGCUUGUUAAUCUCACCAUCGGUCGUUUGGGCUCGUCAUACACAUGGACUGCUUCAGGUAGUGGCCUGUACGACAUGAUGGCCAACUGGGACAAUCCGAUACUCUACGACAUCAACGCAAAGGACAAUCUGGAUCCACAAGUCACUAUCCAAACCAAGAAUGGAACCUGGGUCGACUUGCUGCUUCAACUAGGCGAAAUGCCUAAUACUCCUGCGACCCAAGCCCCUCAUGUUAUGCAUAAGCACUCCAACAAGGGCUUCAUCCUUGGUGUUGGCCCCGGCUUCUUCGAGUGGUCCAGUACUGAGGAAGCCUAUGCUGAGCGCCCUGAGCUCUUCCAAAUGGAGAACCCACAAAUGAGGGAUACAUUCGUCACCAAUGGCUCUAAGGGACCAACAUGGAUGAUUGUGCGGUACCAGGUCGUUAAUCCGGGUCCCUUCAUUCUUCACUGCCACAUCGAAACCCACAUGGCCAAUGGAAUGGCAAUCGCUCUACUUGAUGGCAUUGAUGCAUGGCCUCAAGUUCCUGCUGGAGAAGAUCAAAGCCCUGGUGCCCAGUAUUGA